GAAGGGGUUGGCGGUUCAGGUUUCUGUGCAGAGCACGUGUGGCUAAUGCGAGCUGAAAACGCUGCUGCUCCAGCCUGGAGUGAAGAGUGAGCCAGGAGAAUGGGGCAGGUGGCUUGGAAGGGUUUAUUUCUAUCGCUUUUUGAUUACAAAACGGAGAAAUACGUCAUUGCAAAGAACAAGAAGGUGGGGGUUCUCUACCGAAUUGUGCAGCUCUCCAUCCUGGCUUACCUGGUGGGGUGGGUUUUUGUUGUCAAGAAAGGCUAUCAGGACACAGACACGUCCAUCCAGAGCUCUGUCAUCACCAAGCUGAAAGGGGUCGCCUUCACCAACACCUCGGAGCUGGGGGAGAGGCUGUGGGAUGUUGUGGACUACGUCAUCCCUCCACAGGUUGGCAUCACCCUGCUGUGCUCAGCUCUGCUCUGCAGCUGGAAAGCUGUUCCAGCCUGGUUGCC